AUGGACCGCGUGGAUGAACUGGAGGCCAGGUUGGAGGAGCGGCAUGACCAACCGUUGAGCGAAGAGCCCUUGUCACUCACUGAAGAUGCUUCAGCAAGUCCUAGGCAUGAUGAGAUGCCGAAUUCUCCUCUUCACGACGCCACGGCCCCUUUGUCUACUGACACUUCUGAUACAGCUACGGUCCUAGAGUUCUUGGCUUGGGGCCGUAAGAAGGAUGUGGAUUACGGCUCUUCACCAGAACACACCAGUGGGCCGAGACGGUUCAGCGUAGAACACGACACAGUUACUACAUCCAACAUAAUUACCGAGAAUAGCAGAGAUGCGCAGCUCGACGUUCUGGAAGCCCUUCUUCCCAACAGGGACCUUCUUUCACGGCUUGUUGAAUACCACAAUAGCUCCGUGCUGUGGUAUCAUGGCUCCUACUCUUCAACCAUAUUCAACCAGGAUUUACACCUUUUUCUGACCGAAUACGAAAGCAAUAUUCGCAGUGAAGAGUUGAACUUACAGUGGCUGGGUCUUUUGUUUUCCAUCAUUACUGGAAGCAUCACAUGUGCCCCGUCGUCUGUACGCCAAUCGUGGGGACUUUCUUUGGCCGAGAAAACAGUCUUGUCACAGCGUUGGUAUGACGCAACUGUGACAUGCCUCAACCUUGCUGCACAUAUACUGGGCAAAUCAAACAGCCAGUCCGUUCUACUUGCCUCGGCCGGACGCAUUGCGCAAAGCUUGGGUCUGCACCGCCUUGGCCCUGAGAAUGCAAGUGCUGCCACUACCAAGCAGCAGCUUCGCCACCGGGAAGCGGGAAGAAGAGUGUUUAAUCAGCUCUGCACUCAAGACUGGUUCCAAAUCCCCUUUUCCGAGUCCUACUCGCUCAACCCUCGCUUCUUUCAGACCGCGAACCUUUUGAACUGCAACGAUGAAGACAUGACGCCGCAACCCUUAUCCACACCGACCGAAGCGAGCUACUGCAACUAUCGCUAUGAUAUCGCUGCACUUAUGCCACAGCUUCUGGACGCCAUGUCGAGCUGCAAUACGCUCUUCACAAAGUACGAGAAGGUACUGCAGUACGAUGAGAAGAUGCGAAAACUAGCUACAGCAUGCAUGCCUACGUUCCUAUCUACCAACGCGCCGGUGGCCAACAACUGGCCAAUAUACGUAGGGUGGGCUAGAAGGUCGCUGACCAUCUGCGCUUCGCACAAGAUCAUCAUGAUACAUCGAAAAUUUCUGGGCCUUUCAUUCACAAACUCGGCGUUUUCUUUUACACGCCGCACGUGUAUAGCAGCGUCGAAGACAAUCUUGAAAGAGGCGCUAUCUGUAAACGAUGAGCAGGGCCCCAUCCUGUGGAUUGAACAGGCGUUUUCCAUCGCAGCUGGCAUCAUUCUCAGUCUCGAUGCGCUGCAUCGCACUGCAGGCGAGAAGGAGAUUGACGAACAUGGGCGGCUUGUCGCAGAUACAAUCGACUACUUGAAGCGGUUCGAGGAUAGCAAGAUUGCCUCUAGAGGUAUCCAAUUGCUAUCGGCACUGCAAAGAGAGCUCCAAGAGGGCGGAACAAUCGGAAGCAGGAAGCGGCAGCGAGCAGCAGAGUCUAGUGAUACGGCUCCUCAAUCGAGGAAACGGGCCCGCAUGUUGGACGUGGAGAGCUUCAUCAAUAACGUAUCGCAAAAUCUCCAAGUGACAGUGCCUACGAGUGCGCCAACAGUACAGGUGUCUGAGAGCGUGGGAGACGCUUCAUGGGAGUCUUUUGUAAACAUGCUGCCGCCACAGACGGUGCUGGGAGGCCACAGUCUAUUCGACGAUUUGCUUUCGUUUCGAUUCUGA